AUGGCUCUCUCUCUAACAUUUCAUGCCCUUAUCUCAGUUCUUCUUCAUGUUUCUUUAAUAUCAACCGCAAAGCAUAACUCUCACCACCACACAAGUCACUCCCAGAACCAGAACCAGCAUCUUCAGCAAGCGUACCGUGCCCUUAAAGCAUGGAAGAAGGUCAUCUAUUCCGAUCCAAAGAACUUAACUGCCGACUGGGUCGGUCCCUCAGUCUGCAGCUACACUGGCAUCUUCUGCGCCCCAUCUCCUUCCGAUGCUAACACUCUAGUUGUUGCCGGAAUCGAUCUCAAUCACGGAGACAUUGCUGGUUUCCUGCCUGAACCCCUUGGCCUUCUCUCUGACGUGGCUCUCAUACAUCUCAAUAGCAAUCGCUUCUGCGGGAUCCUUCCUCGUUCAUUGGCCAAUCUUUCGUUACUCUAUGAGCUCGACCUCAGCAACAACCGCUUUGUAGGUCCUUUUCCAGACGUCGUACUUUCACUGCCUUCUCUGAAGUACCUUGACCUUCGUUACAAUGAGUUCGAAGGCCCCUUGCCUCCAAAACUCUUCAGCAAUCCCCUCGACGCCAUUUUUGUUAACAACAACAGGUUAACAAGCCUCAUUCCCCGAGAUUUCAGUGGAACAACUGCCUCUGUUGUCGUCUUUGCCAAUAACGAUUUCAGCGGUUGUCUGCCUCCAACCAUAGCUCGCUUUGCAGAUACCUUGGAAGAGCUUCUCCUAAUCAACUCAAGCUUAUCUGGGUGUCUACCCCCGGAAGUCGGGUAUCUCUACAAGUUAAGAGUCCUGGACAUGAGCUACAACAACUUGGUUGGUCCUGUACCUUACAGUCUCUCUGGGCUAGGCCAUCUCGAGCUGCUGAAUCUGGAACACAACAUGUUCACUGGAACUGUCCCUCUUGGAGUCUGCGUUCUGCCCAGCCUGCUAAACCUUACCGUCUCCGACAACUAUUUCUGUGAAGAAGAAGGCAUCUGCAGUAACCUGACCUCCAGAGGAAUAGCCUUCGACGAUCGCCAAAACUGUCUGCCUGACAAACCGCUCCAGCGGAGUCAAAAAACCUGUGAAGCUGUACUUGAGCACCCUGUAGACUGCUAUGACCACGAAUGCUCAGCCAUGGCUCCUUUGGUUGCUCCGUCUACCGCAGGACCUUCCAUUACUCCUGGUCCAGCCUCCACAUAA